GUGUGUGUGUGUGUGUGUGUGUGUGUGUGUGUGUGUGUGUGUGUGUGUGUGUGUGUGUGUCGCAGCCAGACCUCGGCCUGUCUCAUAUUUCCCAGAGCUGGUCUCUCAGUUUGAUUCUCAGAGCGACAGGAUACAGAAGGACUAUAGAAGAACCACAGGUAGAACCAGAGAACCACAGGGGAGACGGGAACUUUUAUACCCCAGAGAGAAGCACUCUGUUGGGCCACGUAUAGCCACCGGCUGGCCCGCCGCUAUGGUUUUACGAGUUACGCUAGGAGCUAACACACGGAAUAUAUCAGUGCACACACACGGAUAAGCUACGGACUCAACCCUGAGAGAGAGAGAGAAGAUAUAGGUGUGUCUGAGUGUGGAUCUACAGUAUUUGUCAAUAUUAGAGAGUGUUUGUGUGGAAGUGAAGCAACAGGAAAGUUUGAUUGAGAAAGAGUGUGUGUGUGACUAGCAGACAUGGAGUGAGAAUCAGCUAGCUGCAGGUGGACUCAGAACCGACUCAGAACACUGUCCAGUUGGAUCUUCCUUUGUUUUUUUUCUUCUCUUGGGGGAUUCUUUUCUUUUUCGACAUAUUCUGUUACUUUUCUUUUCCUCUGCUGGGUGUUCUUGUCUCUGUCAAUCUGUUCUCCUGGAUACGUGAAAGGAAUCAUCCCUCGAUCCGUUGGACACAAUGGAGAGAAUAAAAUACUUUGAAGAAACACAAUAGAAAGCUGGAAUCCAUUGCAUGGAGAGAGUGAAAAACUGACAAGAAGAGAGAAUUGUAGAGCUGUGGUCUGUAGAUAGACUGUAGACUCCAUGGAGCUGUUGGUAGUCUAGUAGUCCUGUCUGUAAUUCUAUACCACGGCCGGUCUGUGGUUCAUCUGUCUCUCUGGGUUUUGCUGCACCCUCCACCAUCACCAGCUGGGAAUCUGAAUCAACUUUGAACUUGAACCGCUACCUAAGAAACGGAUGCAAUAAAGUAAUCAUCGUCACCUUCAUCCUCUCCUAUCGACGUCAUCUUCAUCCUCUCCUAUCAUCGUCAUCUUCAUCCUCUCCUAUCAUCGUCACCUUCAUCCUCUCCUAUCAACGUCAUCUUCAUCCUCUCCUAUCAACGUCACCUUCAUCCUCUCCUAUCAUCGUCAUCUUCAUCCUCUCCUAUCAACGUCACCUUCAUCCUCUCCUAUCAUCGUCAUCUUCAUCCUCUCCUAUUAACGUCACCUUCAUCCUCUCCUAUCAGUGUCAUCUUCAUCCUCUCCUAUCAACGUCACCUUCAUCCUCUCCUAUCAACGUCAUCUUCAUCCUCUCCUAUCAUCGUCAUCUUCAUCCUCUCCUAUCAACGUCACCUUCAUCCUCUCCUAUCAACGUCAUCUUCAUCCUCUCCUAUCAUCGUCAUCUUCAUCCUCUCCUAUCGACGCCAUCAUCUUCAUCCUCUCCUAUCCUGGUCAUCUUCAUCCUCUCCUAUCAUCGUCAUCUUCAUCCCCUCCUAUCAACGUCACUUUCAUCCUCUCCUAUCGUCAUCUUCAUCCCCUCCUAUCAUCAUCUUCAUCCUCUCCUAUCAACGUCACCUUCAUCCUCUCCUAUCAACGUCACCUUCAUCCUCUCCUAUCAACGUCACCUUCAUCCUCUCCUAUCAACGUCACCUUCAUCCUCUCCUAUCAACGUCAUGUUUAUCAAGGAGUCUAAAGAGACACUGCGGGGGGACCCUGAUCUAAGAUGUGAGCUAGCCUUCCUCUCCCGGGGCUGUGACUUCGUACUGCCCUCGCGCUUCAAGAAGAGAAUCAAGACGUUCCAGCAACUGCAGGCGCAGGUCCAGUCCAACAAGCAAGAUAAGAAACCUGGCACCCCUCCUCCAGCCCCUCUCUCCCCCACCCCCUCCGUUCCUCCCCCUCACCGCUCCCCCUCUCCUCCCCCCACUCCAGUCGUCCUCACCCCUCCUCCUCCCCCUCCUCCCCCUGCCCUCAACAUUCCCCGCUUCUACUACCCUCAAGGGUUACCUGGGGCAACAAAAGUUAACCAUGACGCGGCCAUCACUGCCAUAGAAACAGCCUUCACAGAGUUUGAGGAGGAGAAGGCUGAUAUUUACGAGAUGGGCAAGAUCGCUAAGGCAUGCGGCUGUCCUCUGUACUGGAAGGCAGCCAUGUUUAACGGAGCGGGAGGAGAGAGGACCGGCUUCGUCUCUGUUCACUCCUUCAUUGCUACCUGGAGAAAGUUGUUACAUAGUUGCUAUGACGAUUCGUCUAAGUUUAUCUACCUCCUAGCGAAGCCUGGCUGUACCUACCUGGACCAGGAGGACUUCAUACCUUUAUUACAGGACAUAGUGGACACUCACCCAGGACUGACGUUCUUGAAGGAUGCCCCAGAAUUCCAUUCCCGUUACAUCACCACCGUGAUUCAGCGGAUAUUCUAUGUGGUCAACCGCUCAUGGACGGGUCGCAUCACCAUGACGGAACUACGCAGGAGCAACUUCCUGCAGACCCUGGCCCUGUUGGAAGAGGAGGAUGAUAUCAACCAGAUAACAGAUUAUUUCUCGUAUGAGCAUUUCUAUGUGAUUUACUGUAAGUUCUGGGAGUUGGACACGGACCACGACCUUUACAUUGACCCUAAGGACCUGGCUCGUUACAACGACCACGCAUCCUCAAGCAGAAUCAUUGAGAGGUUGUUCUCAGGAGCCGUUACACGGGGUAGCUCAGUGCAGAGAGAAGGGAGGAUGAGUUAUGCAGAGUUCAGCUGGUUCCUCAUCUCAGAGGAAGACAAGAAAAACCCUACAAGUAUAGAGUACUGGUUCAGGUGUAUGGACACAGAUGGGGACGGUGUGUUGUCUAUGUUUGAGUUGGAGUACUUCUAUGAGGAGCAGUGUAGUAGGAUGGAGGGGAUGGGCAUUGAACCCCUACCCUUCACAGACCUGCUCUGUCAGAUGCUAGACCUUGUCAAACCUGAAAGCCAAGGUAAGAUAACCCUGUCUGAUCUGAAGAGGUGUAGGAUGGCUCAUAUAUUCUUCGACACGUUCUUCAACCUGGAGAAAUACCUGGACCACGAGCAGAGAGACCCCUUCGCUUUGCAGAAGGACAUAGACAACGAGUGUCCAGAGCCUUCAGACUGGGAUAAAUACGCUUCAGAGGAAUAUGAGAUCCUGGUGGCAGAAGAGACAGCUAAUGAACAGCUGCAGGAGGGGACGUUUGAUGAUGACUAUGAAGAGGCGGAGCUUCCUGUUCAAGGAGAGAUGGUUGGGAAUAAGAUGGAUAAGCUGCUCAUAUCAGAUCUGUCAGCAUGAAAUUCCCAAAGCCUGGAAUACCGCUCCCUUCUCCUUGGAUAUACCGGAGACAGGGGAGAGAGGAAGAGGGAUGGACGGGGAGAAAUGAAGAAAAAGCUAAAGCGAUGGAGGACUCCAAACUCUCUCACCUUCUCCUUUCAUACACAGACAGGGACAGAGGAGAUGGUGAAAGAUGGAGAAAAGACAGAGGGAUGGACUGAAAAAGAGAGAGGAUGGACAGAACGAGAGAGCACUCUGGCAGCUGUCCUCUCAGCCCUCUGUAGGAGAAAAAACGUGUUUUCCACUCUUUUAUCUUCAUUGGAGUUUGUGUGUGUUGUGUAUGCAUGUGUGUGUGUGUAUGUGUGUGUGUUUGUGUCAUCCCAAAGACUGUGUUUGGUGCAAUAAUGUGUCUUAACAUGUUUAACAUGUAGAAGUAAGAAAGCACAAGUCCUGAUAUGGAGAUACUUCCUGUAUUAUGUGUAUAAUAACUGCCAUAUAGAGAUAUUUCACUGACAAUCAACUACUAGACAAUCAACUAAUCAAUCAAGUUGUUUUCAAAUGUGUCAAUAAACACACACACACACACACACACACACACACACACACACACACACACACACACACACACA